AUGAGUGGAUGCCUGAAUGAAAUUCGCUGCCCCGAUAUGGAGGUUGUUGUGGAGAGAAGAAACUUAAUUUCGUCAAUCUCAGCUGGAACUCUGGUGAAUUCAACUUAUAUCUUAAAAUAUUGAAAUCAGCAUCGAUUCGCAAGGAAAUAGGUUAUGUCUAAUUUGAUGCAGUGGCAAAACUUAUUAAGCCUUAAAACUCGUCAUCACGGAGGAAUUGUUUCAUUUUCGUUUUAUUUUAGCCAAGCUGAGCUGAGCUACAUAAGAAACAAAAAAAUUACUUCUUGUUUUGAUGUUUGUUGAAUGCAGAGACGCUAGAAACAAGCUGACUGCAAGCUCCAAAUUAAAUUUCUAGAUCGCUAGGGAAAAGAUAAAGAAAUAUAAAGGACUUUUUGGGCACUGCUAUGUGAUAUUUUAAGUAAAUUUUGAUCUCACUUUAACUUAAGUCUAGUAUUUAGCAUGUUAUGGCUUACUAGGACUUCCCUAAGAUAAGUUCUGUUUUUACCCCUUCAGACUGAUCUUUGAAAAAUUUGUGCUCAGAAUAUGUCAAAAAAUGAAUCAAUCUUACAGAAUGUAACCCAAAUCUACCAAAUUUAGGUAUUUUUCCUCUUUUGGUAAUAGAAUAUUAUCAUUUUGGAACAAAGCAAAACACCCACCCCAGUAGUAAUUUGUAGCCAUAAGAUUUCUCACAGAGAGGAUUCCAACAUCAUGAGUCUGUGAUUUUAUGUCAGUUUUAACCAAAUAAAUUUGAGAAAAGUAGGGAGAAUGCUGAGUAUCUGUAAAUUUAUUGUCUUGACUAACCACAGUUAUGCUAGAGAAAAAGCUGGAUUAUCUUCUUAUUUUCUGUUGUUGAUUUUCAAAUUUGGUUUUGUUCAAUUGAUAGUUUUUCAUUGGCUGGUGGAUAAUAAUUGAUGCUGAAGCUACCAAAGAUUUUUGGCAUGUUUAUCACAUCCCAGGUGUUAUAGCCUCAUUAGGACUUUUUAUGUAAGUAUGUACCUUGUUUUCUUUUCUCACAAAAAAAUCACCUCUGAUAUUUUUACUUUUCAAUCACUAGACGGUGGUUAGGGUCGGAUGAAUUAUGCUAAAAAAUUUUGAGCAUUGUGCUUUUGAGAGUUUAACCCCUGAAAAAAAUGGAAUUAAGCUGAAAACUAGGUAAAUUAACAACUUCCUGGUAAAACCUUUUGGCUGAUUGUUGUGGUAUCAAGACAUAUAAAAUGUGUAUCAUUAUAUGCAGAUUAAAUUAUGUUGUAGGGAUAUUGCUGUAAAAAUUCAGUUGUUACAAUUUUUGGCCAACUAGUACUGUCAUUGGUCUUUCAGUUUUCUAUGGGGAGCUGUUUUUCACAAUUGACUUUUAUCAUGUAGUCAGAAAACUCAGCACUUAACCCUUUAACUCCCAAGAUCUGAUUUUAAUUCUCCCCUCUAGCUGCAUAACAUUUCCUUGUAAAUUAGUUAUGAGAACAUGGUGCUAGAUCAAGAAAUAUAGCAGCCUCUACCUGAUAAUUUUGAAUAUUCUCAUUACCUGUCUGCUAAUUAAUGUAUGGAUAUUUUAGGGAAAAGUUUCAUAUUAAUCACUUCUGGGAGUUAAAGGGUUGAACAAUUAGACUUCAUUGGCAUUUGUAUACAACCCUGAAAUUGCAUUUUACCUUUUUUUUUCUUUUUUUGCUCACAGGAUUAAUGCUGUGUCAAAUGCCCAGAUCAGAGGAGAGACUUAUGGCACAGGAUGCAUUGGACAGACAGGUAUCAAUAAUCAUUUAUCUAACCCUUCCAACCAGAGAGCUUCAGUUGGUAAACAAGUCUUGUGGCACACAAAAAUUUCCAAAACUUUUUGUUGUUGAAAUUGUGUGAAUUUUUCAGACAUCCUCCAAUUUGACAGGUAAAAAUUGCCCAUUAAACCUUUGGUUACAUUUAAAACAAUGGAAAUUUGUGUUAAAAUUCCUCUGCUGGUUAACCUUUGAGAUCUUCAUCCUACAAAAUGUGUAGUUAAGAUCGAGUCUUUAAGGGCAGAUCUAGGGGAUGAGUGCAAAGUGUACACUCCCUCCCCUCCCCAAAAUGACCUUAGGCUUUCUAACAUAACUAGCAUUCCACAAAACUUUGUUUAAGUCACUUGUCAGUUACGUCAUUCCAUAGUGGUGCAUCUGUGAAAAAUCCUGAAUGCUUCCCCAGUCCUCACUAAGUGCUUUCCUGAAGGUUUCAAGUCUUUUGUAAUUUUGAUUGGUUAUUACAGGUGCCAGAGUAUGGUUUUUAAAUGGUUUCUUAUGGCUAUUUGGAAGUUUGAUUUCUGCUGCCUGGAUACUCUUUGGUGCCUAUGUUGUUCCAGGUACUGUUACAGUAAUGAUCUACACAACCUUGGUUGUAUGAAAAGCAGUUAGUGAUAAUUCAAGGUUAAUAGUUGUCUCUGGUUUCUCUUGAAAUAAAGCUCAAUAUAUUAACCCUUUACACCCUAAGAUCAGUAUGCAUAUUCUCCUUACUGUCUUCUAUACAUUUCCUUAGGUGCUGACAACGAAAUUUUGCUUGAUAAUCAAGAGCUCUUGUACUUGUUGAUCAUCUCCAUUAUUCUCAUGACCUUAAUAUUUGAUUCAGGGGUGAAACUGUAAGGAGAAAUUAGAUGCUAGUCACUCUUAGGGGUUAAAGGGUUAAUGCUUACAUUUUGAGGGGUUUUUCCUUUGCUUAAGGCAAAACUGAAGAACGAAAUAUAUGCAAACUGUCUGUAAAGCUGUAAAACUGAUCAAAAAAUUGUUGGCUAACACUCACAUAGCUUAACUGUGCAACUGAACAACUUGGCCUUGUACUGUAUUACAGCCUUUUUUGUUGGUUGAGAGUGAAUUACCAUUAUUUUUUUCAAACUUGAUUGGAGGCGUCCCCUUAAUAGAGGUUUCCCAAAGGUAAGGUUUCACUGUGACUGCUUUCAUUUCUGAAAUUUUACUGUAAAAAGUCAGUCAUAAAGUUGGUCUAUUAUUUUCUGAUUGUUGAUUACUGGCUAUCUUUGCACUACAUGUUGGCUUUUUAAUGUAUUAGAUUGUUAGGAGAGGAUACAAUACUUAUCAGUGUUAUUUUUCUUACAGGAAAAGAUGAUCCAUGGCCUGGAGUAGCAAUCUUCCUUCAAAAUGCUUUAAUAUUUUUCAGGCAAGUCAGAACAUUGGUUAUGAGUAUCAUGACACACAGGGACACACAGUGGCCUAACAAUUAGGGUGCUAGGCUGAGGGGGGGGGAGGUCUGCAUCUAAGACAUGCUUAUCAAGGAUUAUUCUAGAUCCACAUUUGUUUCUGAAUACAAGUGACCACAAACAUCUAGGAGUCAUGUGACCAGACUCCAGCAGUCACAUUUGCCAUUUGCUGUCCACAUUUGACCUUUCGGCAAGGUAGUUUCAGUUAGUUGAACUCCCUUGAUGCUUUUUUUCUACCUUUUUGAAAGUUCUCACUUAUUUCCUAUGAAUAUAUGUGAAUUGAAGUCUUAUCUUAAGAACCAAUCCAUUUGGGAAUCUAGAAGACCAAUCUUUUAGCCACAUUUUGUGUUUGAAACAAAGGACCCCCAUCCUUUCUGUAAUUCAACAUGGUGGCACACAUGUUGAUUUUUUUCAGGUGAAAGCCAACGUCUAUCUAAAAAGCUAAAAGUCUAGAAAUUUCUUAUUUCUAACCACAAAUUGCUGAGCAUGGCUUGACGUCUGUGGUGAACACACCUAAUGUAGAUCUAAAACCCUCUAUUACAUUGUGUUCGUGAGCAAGGAACUUUAUUUUCAAAGAGUCUCUCUCCACCAAGGGCCCAGUUGUUCAAGGACCUGUAAGCACUUACCCAAGGUUAAAUUUUGGUCUGGAUUUAUUUAUUCCUUUACUAAAAAGCCUUUUUGGAAUAAUUUUUAUGUGUUCUUUUAAAGGCAUCAAAUAUUCAUAUUCCAGACAAAAAUAAUUUGACUGAAUUUUCUUUUAAAGCUUUUAGAUCUGAAAUCAGAUUUCACACUAACCCUGUGUUAUCUUAACUCAGCUUUGAACAACCUAGACCCAGGAGUGUAAAUGGGUUGUGGUAAAUUGAGUGGGAAACUGGACCAAAUAGCAUCACAUCCAGGGUGGGGUAGUAACACUCUUAGUCACUUCAUGUGAUAGAGACAGGGAUAAGUGCAGGCUGGAUGAGCCAGUUGGCUCAAGAACAGAUUUUCCCUUCCUUUUUUUCACCUUGCCAUGAAGCAUUUAAACCUGGUCAAUUAAAAUGGCAGCAAUUUUUUUGUUUGUUUAAGUUUUUAAAUUUUAUCUGCUCUGCCUUAUAAACAUUUAGCUAAAUGAAACUCAGUAACAAAACAGCUAAGGGUUGGUUACAGUUCAUCCCUGCUGGUACAAGACUCUGUAAGAUUACUCACUGGAGGGUUGUUACAGUACAGAAUUUCCAUGCUUGCAGUAAUUUCUUGAGUGUGUGGUUUAAAACUGAGUGGAUUUUUAUUUUCUACUGCUCUUUUAGAAAAUGGUAUAUUUCUACAGAUCUUCAAGCUUUUUCUCUCAGCUAAUAGUUUCUUCCUUUCCUCUGCAGUGCAAUUGUGUUCAAGUUUGGCCGUGCAGAGGAGCAUUGGUAG